AUGGAAGAGCUGAACCUUUACAUUUUAACCUCAAACUGUGCCCGGAAUCUAAUCGAUGUCGACCUCGUUGCAGCACAUCUCUUCGAUGUCCUCCCUUCCUCAAGUCCAGCCCCGGAGCUGAUCGUGCUUUCAUUGCAGGAGCUUGCUCCGAUCGCAUACUCCUUUCUAGGGGGCUCAUAUCUACUACCAUACUUUAAUGCGUUUAUCAAGGCUGUCAAGCAAGCGACCGCUAAACAAUGGAACGAAUCUUACGUCACCCUGGUCAAGGACCACAUCGGUAUGACAGGGUUGAUGGUCUUUGCGCGCGCUGAUAUCGCGGACAGGAUAUCAUGGAUCGAUACCGCACAUGUCGGAGUCGGGGUACAGGAAACGGGAAACAAGGGUGCGGUCGGAGCUCGGCUGGGAUAUGUUGUGGACGGACGGUCGUCUCAAACACUGGAUUUGACGUUCGUCGCGGCGCAUCUGGCGCCCAUGGAGGAUGGGUUGGCACAGAGGAACCUCGAUUGGCAGAGUAUCGUCGAGCGGCUGGUGUUUUCGCAUGGACAGACCUCACCUCGGGCAGUGGGAGAUGCCAGCCAAGACACAGACGAGAGUACCUCGCUCCUCAAUGAACGCACUGAGACCUCGUCACAUCACGCACAGCAAAACCUCUUCGCUCCUAAUUCAUACCUCUUCCUCGCCGGAGACCUCAAUUACCGCACGUCCGACAUCAGCCCACUGAAAGAAGAUAUCACCCGCUUCCCCAAGCGCAACGCCGAUCCCAGCAGCCCAUCCCAUUAUUCCCACCUCCUCCAAAAAGACCAGCUCAUCCGCGAGAUGCGUGCAGGCAGGACCUUCCACGGCCUUUCCGAAGCCCCCAUCAACUUCCCCCCAACAUACAAAUUCUCCGACGCAGCGCAGCAAGCUGCCCGACAAGCCCUUGAGAACCCCGACUUGGCCACAGAGUGGAAGUGGUCCUCACACCGGUGGCCCAGCUGGUGCGAUCGCAUCCUAUACCUAGAUGAUGCAGCAGCGUCACGGGGUGCUGGCGAGGGCACUGCACAUCGGACGAUCAAACCCGUCGUGUACGACGCGCUCCCGCUGUUUCCUCACUCGGAUCACCGCCCUGUUGCGCUGGCUGUGAGCGUGCCUCUGAGACCUAUUGCUGCGGAUCACAUGGCUGGCGAUGCGAAUGAUGCGAGCAAGACUGGGGUCGUGGCUUCGUUUGCAAUCGAUCCUACCUGGCGGUCCCGGCGGGACGCGGCGCGGCGCAAGGAAAUAGUCGUCGGUGUUUUGGCGUACCUGGGGUUGACUUGGGAAGGAAAUGGGACGGUGCUUGCGUCUGUGGUGGGACUGGUAGGUGCAUGGGUGGUCCUGAGGUCGAUAUGGGGAGUUUAA